AUGGCCGGAGACCGGAUGAGCUGGGCGAGGCUGCUCAAGUGGAGCCUCUCCUACAUUGACGGCGCGCGGCCUUCUCGCGCCAUCAGCGAGGAGGAGCGGAGGUGGCUGGCGGAGGCGGCGGGGCGGCACAUGGCGGAGGACGUGGUGAGCCGCCUGAGGGAGAUCGCGCUGCUCAUCAGCACGCCGCUCUCCGUCCUGGAGGCGCAGGGCAUCACGCCCGACGACAUCGAAGAUUUGCUCGCUGAGCUGCAGGUACAUGUGGAGUCUAUCGACAUAGCAAACGAUCUGCAUUCUGUUGGUGGCUUGGUUCCAGUUAUUAGGUACCUCCGGAACUCUAAUGCUCGCAUCCGAGCCAAAGCAGCUGAUGUGGUAACAACAGUUGUUCAGAACAAUCCGACUAGCCAGAAGCUGGUCAUGGAAGCUAGUGGUUUUGAGCCCCUCGUAUCCAAUUUUACAUCAGAUUCUGAUCUCACUGCUCGCAUAAAGGCUCUUGGUGCACUAUCCUCCUUAAUUCGGAACAAUAAACCAGGAGUUGCUGCAUUUCGCCUAGCCAAUGGAUAUGCGGGACUGAGAGACGCAUUAAACUCAGAGAGUGUAAGGUUUCAGAGGAAAGCGCUGAGCCUGACUCAUUAUCUGCUCAGUGAGAACCAUUCCGAUUGCUCGGUAUUCACGCAGCUAGGAUUUCCCCGUCUUAUGAUGCGCCUGGUAUCCAGUGAUGACUCUGGUGUUCGAGAAGCAGCAUUAGGAGGCCUGCUUGAGCUGGCAAGGGACACAGCGCUGGGAAAUAGGACUUUACUAGCGGACCAGGACAGGCUACAGCGGCUUCUCUGGGGACGCAUACAAAGCAUACGAAUGAUGGCUCCUGAUGAUCUUGAUGCUGCACGAGAGGAGAGGCAACUUGUUGACUCGUUGUGGGUUACAUGCUACCAUCAGCCGUCCAUGCUUCAAAGGGAAGGGCUUCUCGUUCUGCCUGGGGAGGAAUCGUUCGAACAACCUCCUGAUGUUGCCGGUAGAUUCUUUGAGCCGCUGCGCCAAGGUUCAGUAAGGAGGGCCGCUCCUGAUGAGAGAACAGAUACCGGAAAUGGAACAGGGGGAGGAAUGAUGCUGCUUCUAGGUCCAGCGCCAGGUAACUCACAGAGUAAUUGAACAUUCUGAAUUUGGCAGAUGACGUGAAGAGGAGAUUAGGAGUUCGCUGUCCUGGUGUACAACAAAUAAUUCAGGGCUAGUUCUAUCAGGUAUAUUGUUGUAAUUCAGGGACUAGUAAAUCAAUAAUUUCCCAGUCUUAGAGUGGUUUGUUAUUUUCAGUGUCGUAUAUGCUUGAGUAUGUAAUUGUAAGUGUGUUGUAUGUACAACUGUAAAUGUGUUGUAUCUGAACAAUUGCACCUA